CUGCCCUAGGUCGGGCCAGGAGGCUCACACCCAGAGACCUGCCCCGCAGGGCCAUGGGGCCCAGGAGCCACUGCGUUGGCCUCUCCGGACUGGGCCUUCUGUUUCUGCUCCCACUCCUUCCAGGAUGCUUGGGAGCUGAGGGCAGGCUGGCUCACAAGCUCUUCCGUGACCUUUUUGCCAACUACACAAGUGCCCUGAGACCUGUGGCGGAUACAGACCAGACUCUGAACGUGACCCUGGAGGUGACAUUGUCCCAGAUCAUUGACAUGGAUGAGCGCAACCAGGUGCUGACCCUAUACCUGUGGAUCCGACAGGAGUGGACAGACGCCUACUUACGAUGGGACCCCGAUGACUAUGGAGGCCUGGAUGCCAUCCGCAUCCCCAGCAGUCUAGUGUGGCGGCCAGACAUCGUGCUCUAUAACAAGGCAGACGCGCAGCCUCCAGCCUCCGCCAGCACCAACGUGGUUCUGCGGCACGACGGCUCCGUGCGCUGGGACGCGCCGGCCAUCACGCGCAGCUCGUGCCGCGUGGACGUGUCCGCCUUCCCGUUCGACGCGCAGCGCUGCGGCCUGACCUUCGGCUCCUGGACGCACGGCGGGCACCAGCUGGACGUGCGGCCGCGCGGCGGCGGCGCCGGCCUGGCCGACUUCGUGGAGAACGUGGAGUGGCGCGUGCUGGGCAUGCCGGCGCGGCGGCGCGUGCUCACCUACGGCUGCUGCUCCGAGCCCUACCCCGACGUGACCUUCACGCUGCUGCUGCGCCGCCGCGCCGCCGCCUACGUGUGCAACCUGCUGCUGCCCUGCGUGCUCAUCUCGCUGCUCGCGCCGCUCGCCUUCCACCUGCCCGCAGACUCGGGCGAGAAGGUGUCGCUGGGCGUCACGGUGCUGCUGGCGCUCACCGUCUUCCAGCUGAUCCUGGCCGAGAGCAUGCCGCCGGCCGAGAGCGUGCCGCUCAUCGGGAAGUACUACAUGGCCACCAUGACCAUGGUCACCUUCUCCACAGCGCUCACGAUCCUUAUCAUGAACUUGCAUUACUGUGGUCCCAGCGCACGUCCAGUGCCGGCCUGGGCUCGGGCCCUCCUACUGGGAUGCCUGGCACGGGGCCUGUGCGUGCGAGAACGAGGGGAGCCCUGUGGGCAGUCCAGACAGCCCGAGUCACCCCCCAGCCCCCCGCCUCCAGAGAGAGGGGCCGGCCCCCCAGCAGGCCCUUGCCGUGAGCCCCGGUGUCUGUGCCAUCAGGAAGAGCUGCUGCGCCAUGUAGCCGCCAUUGCUAACACCUUCCGCAGCCACCGGGCUGCCCAGCACCGCCACGAGGACUGGAAACGCCUGGCCCGUGUGAUGGAUCGCUUCUUCCUGGGCAUCUUCUUCUCCAUGGCCCUGGUCAUGAGCCUCCUGGUGCUCGUGCAGGCGCUGUGA